UUCAAUCCUCGAUUCCUCGCAUUCAAUGGCAUCCAGUUCCUCCUCUACUGUUAUGGCUUCUCCUGACGCUAUUGCUAGCAAUUAUGAUGUGUUUCUAAGCUUUAGAGGCGAAGAUACUCGACAUUCUUUUACAGAUCAUCUAUAUGAUAGAUUAAAGCGAGCAGGAAUUUGUACUUUUAGGGAUGAAGAAGAAAUUAGCAGAGGUGAAGAACUAAAACCUGAAAUUGAGAAAGCAAUCAAAGCAUCUAGGGCGUCAAUAGUUGUAUUAUCAGAGAAUUACGCAACUUCCACUUGGUGUCUUGAGGAGCUUGUGCUUAUACUUGAACAGAGGAGGGUGUUCAGUCAUUUUGUUCUACCUAUUUUUUAUCAUGUUAAUCCUAGAGAUGUUAGAAAACAAAAAGGAAGUUUCGCGGUAGAACAAGACAGAUGGAAGACAGCUCUCAGGGAGGUUGCUAAUUUGUCCGGCUUCACUCUUUCCGGGCCUGAAACAAGGACCUUAAAGGAAAUUGUUGAUACAAUUUACAAUUGGUUAGAUAAGAAAGAAGUUCAUCUUCCACUCAAUUUAACAGGAAUGUCCUCUCGUUAUAAGGAGAUCAGUUCCUGGUUAGAUCAGUGCGAUCUUGAAUUUCUGGCAAUUUAUGGUAUGGGUGGAAGCGGCAAGACAACACUGGCCAAAUAUAUAUACAAUUUACACCAGAAAAAUUUUGAAUAUGUGAGUUUUGUUGAAGACAUUGGUAGUAGAUGUAAAACAUAUAAUGAUUUACUGGAACUACAGAAACAACUUCAUAAAGAUAUUGUAGGUGCGAAAAAGAGAAAAAUACCUGGCAUUUCUCGAGGUAUGUGUAUGAUUGAGGAAGUCUUGCAAAUGAAUAAAACGCUUAUUGUUCUUGAUGACAUUGUUGAACGGAGUCAGUUAGUUUCUUUACUUGGAACAGGGAAGAUUAAUUCACAAAGCAAGAUUAUAAUUACAACAAGGGAAAAUAUAGAUAACUGGUUUGACUUUCCAUAUUGGAGGUUUCAAAAGUAUGAAAUGAAAUUAUUGAAUUAUGAUGAAUCGAUGGAGCUUUUUUGUCGUCAUGCACUUCCAUCUGAAAUCCACCAUGAGGGAUAUGACCAGGUAGUAAAAUAUUGUGAAGGAAAUCCACUUGCUCUUGAAGUAUUGGGAUCAUCCACGUUCAAGUACAAUGCGGAUAUGAUAAUGCCAAGUCAGUUGAGGUUAUUGGAAAUAGAUAUGGAUUCUCGAAUUCAAAGUGUGCUCAUGAGAAGCUACCUGUCAUUGUCAAAUAAUACCGUUAAAGAGUUGUUUUUGCAUAUCGCUUGUUUUUUUAUUGGCAUAGACAUUGAUUAUGCAGUAAAGAUAUUGGAGCCUGAUUACGCAGCACGAUCUGGCAUUGAAACCCUACUUGAGAAAUGUCUUCUUUCUGUUUCACCAAAGAAAAAACUCAUGAUGCAUAGAUUGCUUCAAGAGAUGGCAAAAAGUAUCGUUCGUCAAGAGUCACCAAAAUUUCCAACAAAGCGUAGUAGAGUAUGGCUUAGUAGUGACUCUUAUAAGAUACUAAGCAAAGGAAAGGGUUCCGAAACGAUAGAGGGUUUGAUACUUGAUAUGAAAAUGCUGCAGAAAGAAGAUUUUGCAUUCAAGUCAUCAGAAUUGAGAACAGACGCACUGAAAAAUAUGGAAAUACUAAAAUUGCUCCUUCUAAAUUUUGCGGAACUCAGUGGAUCCUAUGAAUAUGUUUCCGAAAAUUUAAGAUGGUUAUGUUGGCACGGAUUCCAUUUAAGAACCAUACCCUUCGACUUAUACAUUGGAAACUUGGUGGCUAUUGAUAUGAGCUAUAGCAACUUGGAAGUAUUUGAACCCCCUACGGUUCUUCAGUCAUUGCAGAUUCUAAAUCUUAAAGACUCACACAAUCUAGCUGAGAUCAGCAACUUCUUCAAUGUCCCCUGUCUCGAGACAUUAGUUCUUUGGAACUGUUACAGUUUGGUUAAUGUUUGUAAAUCCAUCGGAGACCUUACAAGUCUUACAUCAUUGAACAUGACAGGGUGUAAAAACCUGUUCAAUAGGGAGCAAAUAAAUCUGUUAGAAACUUCUUCUGGUGGAGUUGUUAAAAAACAGCCUACUUUUUCCUUACCAUUUUCAUUGCAUCAGCUAUUCCUCAAAGAUUGCAGUCUUGAAUGUACACACUCUUUUCCUUUGAGUUUCAAUGUUCAACCUUAUUUGCAAUACUUGAAUUUAUGCAACAGUCUUUUAGAGUCCUUGCCUUGCUAUAAUCACCUUGAAAACCUUCGGGUUCUUGACCUGAGUUUUUGCUCUAGACUCAAAUGCCUUCUAUGCUUCCCUAGUACACUUGCAGAAUUGUAUAUAUAUUACUGUGAGUCACUAGAGAAAAUAACUUUCCAAUCACAUCGAUUCCCUUUGCAAGAGCUUGGUUACGAAGGCUGUGUUAACUUGUAUGAAAUUGAAGACUAUGUCAAAUUGGUGCCCUUAGCUAAAUUAGAUGAAACUGAUUUGGGACACAUGCGGUGGCUAAAAGAAUAUCAGAAUUAUCAAGUGUGCCUUGUUGGUGAUGAUGAGCUCACGGUAGGCAGAAGUUGGCAUAUCCAGAUGUUGUACGAAUUUAAUAUUAUGAGUACAUCUCUGCCAAAUAUAAAUGACCCAAGGAUGACACCUAAGUAUAUGUCAGAAUCAUCUUCUUUGUCCUUUGAUGUACCUUCGUGUCCUAAAAAUAAGAGGCUCAAAGGAAUUAAUGUAACUUUCAAGUAUUCAGUAUCAGGUGUUGAUUGGGCAUGGUUUUGUAAAGUCAGUACCACGAAUGGUGUUGUUGAUUUAAUGUACAGCCCUAAAGUCUUUGGCAAACCGGAAUUUGGUGAAGUAGGUAUAUGGUUAAGCUAUUGGCCAAUUGGAAACACAUUGGACUAUGGAAACACUGUUCAUGUCUCUAUUGUUGUGAUUAGUGGAUUGGAGGUGCAUGAAUGUGGUGUGAGCCUUGUGUAUUCCGAUAAGGAAACCAUGGAAAAUAACAUGGGAGGGGUAGAAAUUUUAAGAGGAGAUUUGCCUGGAUUUCAACUAAGCACGGGAGCAUACUAUCUUUGUCGGCAGGAUUUCUUUGAGUUAAUGGAGGUUGGUAGAUUGACUCGUGACUGGUUUAGAGUUUUAGUUGGUGAUAACAUUGACUACACUGAGGUAAGAGGAUGGAGAAAGAACGGGAGAUUGAAACAGAUGAAUCCGUCGUUUAAAGAGUUGAAAACUGUUAGUUGCAUCAUCCAUGGUCCUCAGUGGGGAAUUUUGUUGAUUCUUGACGGAUUAUGUUUUUCCCCAUCUCUUGAAGCAAUCUAUGCAUUGUGAGCUUUUUGUUUGGUGAAACAGAAAGAAGACAUCUGUUGAUUAGGGUUUUGAUCCUGGUUAUUGCUGAGUAAUCAGGUUCCAAUAUCUUUACAACAUAAUCCAUGUCUUUGCCGAUAAAAAAACAAGCAAUAUGCAGAAACAACUCUUUGUCAGAGUUGUAUGGCAAUGACAUGUAGCUCCUAAUGAGUACACACUGAAGUCGAGAAUCCAUAUCUUUUUCCAGUAAACUCAAAUGACUUUUCCAAUGUGAGAUGGUAUUGUUCUUGAACAUAGAUGAUCCAAACACUUCGAGAGCGAGUGGAUUUCCUUCACAAUAUUUUACUCCGUCUAGUAUAAGAAACGGAUCAACAUUCAGCGGCAAAUUUGGAAUUUUGGAUCCAAAUGCAUGAAGCCUUAUAAGCUGUAAUGAUUCAUCAUCGUUCAGUAGUCUCAUUGGAUACAUUUUACACCUCAUUAAUGGCCAGUUAUUUGUAUUUACCCUCGUUGUAAUUAUUAUCUUGCUUUGGGCAUUAAUUCUCCCGGUUCCAAGUAAAGCAACUAGCUGACUAUGUUCAACAAUGUCAUCAAGAACAAUGAGCGUCCUUUUCAUUUGCAAAGCCUCCUCUAUCAUACACGUACCUCGAGAAACACCAGGUAUUUUUCUAUUUUUCCCGCCUAAAAUAUCUUCAAGAAGUUGUUUCUGGAAUUGAAGUAUGUCAUUGGGUCCUUUACAUAUGUUACCAAUGUCUUCAACAAAACUCACAGAUUCAAAAAAUCUUCGAAUCAUAUUGUAUACAUAUUUUGCCAGCGUUGUCUUGCCACUUCCACCCAUACCGUAAAUUACUAAAUACUCAUUAUUGGUUUGAUGUAACCAAGAAUUUAUCUCCUUAUGAUGAUUGAGCAUCCCUAUUAAAUGGAAUGGAAGAUGAACUUCUUUGCGAUCUAAGUUAUUGUAUAUUGUAUCAACAAUUUUAUUCAAAAAGCUUGCUUGAGACCUGCAAUAACAGAAGAAAAAUGAAGCUAAUGUGAUCACAUUUAGAGAUUGUUUGAUAUUAAAAGACGUCAAAAUAUGAAGAAAAUAGAGAUAUUCAUUUUGGAGAUGUCAAGAUAUUGGAAAGCCCGAUAUCAUAGAAGGUUUAAAUACAGCUACAAGUCGGGAAGCAUUUUUUACAUAAGUUGAAUCAUAUAAAGAUUUAAUUAUUAGAAGAGGCAAAGAACUAUACCCGGAAAGCUCCAAACCAGUCAAAUCACCAACCUGCCUAAGAGCUGUCCUCCACUGUUCUACAUUGUGAUAUGUCCACCUUGAAGAAGUCUUCUUGACUUUGAUAUAGAACUUUUGUCUGUUUUUUCUAACAUCUGUGGGCUUAACGUAAUAAAAAACAGGUAGAACAAAAUGAUUGCACUCCCUCCUUUGCUGUAGGAUGAGCAGAAGCUCGUCUAGGCACCAAGUGGAAGUUGCAUAAUUCUCUGACAAUACAACUAUUGAGGACCUAGAUGCUUUGAUUGCUUUCUCAAUUUCAGGUUUUAGCUCUUCACCUCUGUUGAUUUCUUUAUCAUCUCUAAAGGUACAUAUUCCUGCUUGAAUUAACUUAUGGUAUAGAUGAUCAGUAAAAGAAUGUCGAGUGUCUUCGCCUCUAAAGCUUAGAAACACAUCAUAGCUGAAAGCUUUAUCACCAGAAGAAACCAUAACACCAGAGGAGGAACUUGAUGCCAUUGAACUUAGAUCUGUGAGAGUUGAAAAUGGGAGGUGAAGGACAAAUUGUUGGAAAUUUGGUGGUUGGAUAUUUAGUAAAUUUAUAAUUUAGUGAAAUUAUAAAUAUAAACUCUUUAUGUGGUGUAGGUGUGAAAUCUAUUUUAAGGGAAGCAUGUUGAACACGUGGCUCAGCCACAACCGUCAAUAUUUGUUUGUUCUUUUUGUAGGAAAUUGAUGUACAAGAAGACGUGGUUCAAGAAUUCGUUGAAGCAUACACAAAGGACUUAAAACACAAGGGACUAUACAAGAAGACGCAGUUAAAACUCUUAUUGUAGACCAUAUUUGAAUCAAUUUAAUUACAUAUGCUGUAUUAUACGUUAUAUUCGUAAGGAUUUGUACACGGUACAUGUAGUAUAAUUUCCCAAAUAUGUAAAUAGAGUAUCUUUACUAUUUUUUA